AUGUCGUCCCCAGCACCUCUACUCAGGCCUCCAGUGCCCGGCGGUCGCGGCGGCAAUGGCGCUCGCGCACCUCGUCUCACCCUUGGUAUCCCUCCCUCUCCCAGCAUGAAGCCCGUCAAUCCUCAAAACGAAGAUCCACGAAUAUCAGACAUCCCCCUACCUCAAGCAUCCAGUCGUCCCACGCCCCCUCAGCUCCGAUUAGCAACUCCUCUGGGAGGUGCCAGUCACCAACCUCAUGAAAUCGGAAGACCCACCCCAUAUUUGAGCAGUAUCUCGACUAGCAGCAAUAGCCUCAGUGAUGUUAGCAAUGGCCUAUCCACGUCUACCACACACCUCGACGGCAAGGCUAGCGGCCCCGGCAGUGCUUCGUCCUCAUCAUACUCGACUUUGUCGUUCGCGAUGGGAUUGCGUCAGCCGACCAUUGGCACUCCGGAUCCAUCAUCAGCCAUCAGCUCUGUGUACUCGGAUCGAGACGGCGGCGUAUCGAUGGAGAGAGACAACAGUGUUAAUGGUUUGUUGCCUGAUCUCGACAAGCUGAGUCUGGACAAGGGCCGACCGCUCGACGUUGAGGAUCUGGAUGAUGAGGGUUGGUUGGCGGCGAGUGAACAGAAGAAAAUUGUUGAACUUGGCAGCCUAGGCGAAGGCGCGGGUGGUGCGGUGACGCGAUGUAAAUUGAAGGAUGGAAAUACCGUUUUUGCGUUAAAGAUCAUCACAACCGACCCAAAUCCCGACGUCAAGAAACAAAUUAUUCGAGAAUUAAACUUCAACAAAGAUUGCGCUUCCGAGCAUAUUUGUCGAUACUAUGGUGCCUUUAUGGAUAAAACAUCGGGCACUAUUUCCAUAGCCAUGGAGUUCUGCGAAGGAGGAAGUCUAGACAGCAUUUACCGUGAAGUCAGGAAGCUUGGUGGGCGAACAGGAGAGAAGGUGUUGGGCAAAGUCGCCGAAGGCGUUCUCAAUGGACUGACCUACCUGCACAGUCGAAAGAUCAUUCACAGAGAUAUCAAACCGUCCAACAUCCUGCUAUGUCGAAACGGACAAGUCAAGCUCUGCGAUUUCGGUGUCAGCGGAGAAUUCGGCACCAAGGGAGAUGCCAAUACAUUUAUCGGAACAUCAUACUACAUGGCCCCCGAGAGAAUCACAGGCCAGUCCUACACCAUCACGUCAGAUGUGUGGUCGCUAGGCGUCACGUUACUCGAAGUCGCUCAACACCGAUUCCCAUUCCCUGCAGACGGCACAGAGAUGCAGCCUCGUGCCGGUCUGAUUGAUCUAUUGACAUAUAUUGUCCGCCAACCCAUUCCAACAUUGAAAGACGAGCCAGAAAACAACAUCAACUGGUCUGAUAACUUCAAAUACUUUAUUGAGUGCUGCCUCGAGAAAGACCCUCCUCGAAGAGCCACGCCAUGGCGGAUGCUGGACCAUCCAUGGAUGCAGGACAUCAAGAACAAAAAGGUCAACAUGGCCAAUUUCAUCAAACAAGUAUGGGGCUGGACCGACUAA